AUGGCAGUUUACACAGUAAGCUGCAAAAUUUAUCUCGAGAUACUACUCCUUGCAGUAGGACUUUUUUGGCUACAGGUGAACCUAUCUGCUGCAUUUGGUGCAGAAACUGUCAAGACUCCCCAAAAAUGUCGACUGAAGAACUCCAGUGAUGGAGUUACUGCAAACUGUCAGCACCUUGGACUCACAGAAGUUCCUCAGGAUCUACCCCAAGGUGUCACUGAGCUCGACUUGUCUGUCAACAAACUGACCGUCCUCUACAACAGUUCUUUUCAGGAUGUUCCAAAUGUAACCCUCCUUAGCCUGAGUAAGAACCCUAUAAUUUCUAUACAGAGCAGUACUUUCUGGACCUUGACAAAGCUAAGUACUCUCAUCCUCAAUGGGAACAAUCUAGAGUCUAUACCUCCAAAAAUCUUUCUGAAGAACAUGCUACUCACAAAGCUGCUGUUGAAGGCAAAUCACCUGAAAGCUGUUCCUCACGAAGCCUUUUCAAACAUACUCAACCUGUCAACGGUGGAACUCGGUGGGAACAAAAUCAAGAGUAUCAACUUUGAGGGAUGUUCUCAAUGGUCCCAUCUGGAAGAAAUAAACCUGGACCACAAUGAGGUUGAAGAAAUUCAACAAGAGGACUUUCUUCCUCUGCACAACACAACAAUCAGCAGUUUGAACCUCGUAUCUAACAAAAUUCAAAUUCUACAACCACAAAGCUUUUUGCAUCUGAAUUUGAUACAACAAAUUAUGCUUUCAGGAAAUCAAAUCAACUCAUUUGACAUUCAACCUUUCCUUGGCAUGACUUACAUCGAACAUUUAUCUAUGUUUGGCUGCCAGAUCCAUGAUCUUUUACCACCUGACUUUGCUUCUAAUCUGUCCAUCACUUACCCAACCAUCAAAAGUCUAACGUUAUCAGCUAAUAAGCUUGAGACUGUACAAGAGGGUGCACUCUGGGGCUUCACAACAUUGGAAGUGCUUUCCUUGAAUCUGAACCAACUCAAAAUCCUCACUAAUCAGUCAUUUUGUCGUCUGGAGUCACUUACAGAACUAGACAUUUCAUACAACAAAUUAACAUCCUUCUCAUAUGGGACAUUUGCUUGCCUGCAAAGUUUGAAACAACUGAAUGCAUCUGGAAAUUUAUUACAGACUCUCUCUCCUGGAUACUUCUAUGGUAUGUCAUCCCUUCUUACCAUAUCCCUCUCAAGUAACAGAAUCGAAUCACUGAACAAUGACCAACAGCUUUGGACAAUCAAGACUCUUCGUAUGCUUGACAUAACGAACAAUGCUUUAAAAGGUCUUUCCAAGGAGAGAUUUAAUGGGCUAACCAAUUUGGAGGCAUUAAACAUAUCUGGCAAUAAAAUCACUUACUAUAAUUACAAAGCUUUCACAGGCUUAUUUAAUUUGAAAGAACUGCACCUGGAAAAUGAGCAGUCAACAUUUUUGGAAAAUUCCUUUUGUCAACUGCAUACACUGCUCAUUCUGGACCUAUCAAAUGCACCCAUCCAGGUGUCACUAACAUCAACAGAGCAGUUUUCCAAUAUGAGUAGUUUAAGCGAACUGCGUAUGGAGAAGGCACAGUUAGAAGGUACUGACCUAUAUGAUGAAGUCAAACAUCAAUCACUUUUCACCGGUCUCUUCUCGCUUCGUAAGUUGCGAAUCAAAGACAACUAUUUGCAUGACCUUGAUGUCAGGGUAUUUCAGAAUCUUUCACAAUUGGUCUAUCUUGAUAUGACCAACUCAAGAAUACAUACGCUAAGGUCAGGACUGUUCAGUCCUCUCUCCUCCCUAAGGUACCUUUAUAUCGGUGAGAACAAUCUGGGGGAGGUUCCUGGAGACAUAUUCAAUGGCCUAUUCCGCCUGAACGUGCUGACAUUCCAGAACAAUAUCCUGAGUAGUCUGGACCCCAAAACUUUCGCCCAGACACUAAGACUGACGGAUCUUUAUCUACCUGGGAAUCAAAUCAGCACCAUUAAACCUGGGACAGUUCUACCAGGUAAUACUUCCCUUAGGUUAGACAUCUCCAACAACCCCUUCUCCUGUACGUGCUCCUUGGCAUGGUUCAGGCAGUGGUUGGACUCUGCCGACAUUGAUUUCAAACAUGCAGAUCAGACCCUGUGCUCCGGGACGUCCCUGAAAGGACUCUCAAAACAGCCGAUACUGUCCUUUCAUCCUGAGGAUCAUUGUGGAGUCAAUAUCUUUCUAAUAGCAGGUAUUUCCUUCACAGGUAUUCUCCUUUUCCUAAUAACAUUGCUUGCUUACAACAGACGUUGGUGGUUGAAUCACAAGCUUUUCCUUCUUAAACUAGCUGUUGUUGGCUACGAAGAAAUGGCAGAAGACUUUGAUGCAGAUAACUACGAGUUUCAUUUGAACCUCAUGUUCCUUGAAGAGGAAGAGGAAUGGGUUGAUCGGGUCAUGAAACCUGCCCUGGAGGAGAGGUUCCCGCAUCUGCAGAACAUCAUCUACGGGGACAGAGACCUCCAUCUUGGAAUGUUCUACAUUAAUGCCAUCAAUGACGCCCUGGAUAACAGCUUCAAGACUGUCUUGUUGAUAAGCAACCAAUCUAUAAGUGAUGCCUGGUGCAUGACCAAGCUCCGUAUGGCACUGGAGCAUCUCAACGAAACAGGUCCGGACAAAAUCAUCUUGAUAUUUUUGGAGGACAUCGAGGAUGAGAACCUGCCAUAUCUUGUCAGGUUGUUCAUGAGUAGGAACAAACCUUACAUGUUGUGGACGGAUGAUGAAGAUGGACAGGAACUAUUUUGGGCUCAGUUUGAGAGAAGUAUGAGAGCAAAUAAGGCUAUCAACAAUGCCAUUCCUCUUUAAUGGGCAAUCAGGUUUUUGUAUUAAAAAAAUCCGAUCCCCAAAAUGUUCAAAAUAUGAAUCUGAGGCAAUUUUAAUAGCCUUGUACAUUACCUUUGAAAAGUGUGCUAGAGGAUUAAAGCUACAAUUUAACUGGUUGCAUGAUUACAUGUGCAAGAAUAUUCUUUUGUUUACUUUUUAUUUUAACAGCAAGCAAAUGAACAAGCUGGUCCUUGUCUUACCCAGUGAAAACAAUAAAUAGAAGUAGAGAGCAAUUAAAGUCUGGAAAACUUAACAAGAGCGCUGGGCCCUCUUUCAUAUAUAGACAUAGUUUAUUUGUAAUUGGUAUAUUAUGUAGUUUACUGCAUGCAUAUUGGAUAUCAUACCACCGUAGAUGGCAUAACACUCUUUCAUGUAUCAAUCAUUCGUCGAACUAUGUAUAAUGUAUAUUCACACUAUGAAUGUGAUGGACAAAGAAA